AUGCGAAAGAAGAAAAAAACAGAAGUAUACGCUUUAGGUCGACAUAUAUCUCUAUCGGCUGACAAAGCAAGAAGAGUAAUUGAUCAAAUUCGUGGAUGCUCCUAUGAGGAAACACUUAUGAUACUAGAACUCAUGCCCUAUAGAGCAUGUUAUCCCAUUUUUAAAUUGGUUUACUCUGCAGCAGCAAAUGCUAGUUACAAUAUUGGUUCCAACGAAGCCAAUUUAGUCAUUAGUAAGGCCGAAGUUAACGAGGGUACUACCGUGAAGAAAUUCAAACCUCGAGCUCGAGGACGUAGUUAUCCGAUAAAAAGACCUACCUGUCAUAUAACUAUUGGAGUGAAAGAUAUAUCUUUACAUGAUGAAUAUGGACAGAUAUAUUCGUUAAAAAAACCUAGAUGGAAAAAUAAGUAUACAACUAUGGUAUAUCAUGAUAUGUAUAGUAUUGGGGGAGUAUGGGACAAAAAAUAA